GCCCCGGUCCGAUGGAUGACACUGCGGCUGCAGCGGGGCACCGCCGGGCUCUGCGCGGUGACGGGACGAGGAACAACCGCCGCUUCGGGCGGACGCGUCGCGGUGCCGCCGGGUGGGAGACGCUGAGCGGACGGACCGCGGGGCGGCGGGCGGAGGUCUCGUGGGCGGCACGUGGCGCGGAGCGGUGGGCACGCGGGGAUGGGGACGUGUGUGCCACCAACGCGCCUCGCCCGCCCUCCCGUCCCCGUCCCCUCCCCGCCCCCUCCCCGUCCCCUCCUCGUCCCCCCCCCGUCCGCAGCGCCGGGAGGGCAGCGAGAAGCGCGACGCGUGCCAACAUGAGCGGGCGGAGCAGAUCGGAGCCGCGAUUGAGGAGCGGCACUCCCCGUAUGGGGCUCCGGCUGAUGACACCGCAGCCCGGCUUUGCCGCAUGUCGCUGCCCCGGUCCGGUUCUCACUGAAGUAACCGCGCUCGGGGUUUGCAUCAUUCCCGGCACGGCGUCGGGCGCGGAUGGCUCCGGUCCAGCGGUGCCGACGCGGAGCUGCGCGGCAGCGGUAAGAGAUCGUGGAGGAGAACCGACGGAGGGCCCCACGGUUGGGCUCCAUGGAGCUUUUCCCAGCAGUAGGACGGACCAAACCCGGAGGGGUCAACGGAGGGCAGAGCCCACAGUCACCCCCAGCGCGGAGGUGGAGAUUCUUGACGUUUGCCCGAGGCAAAGAAAGGAGAACAAGGAUUUCACCCAUGGCCAAGAGAAAGCAUCGGCUCAUCAGCACGAGCGGCGUCAUGUGGGGGCGGGGACGGGCAUGGAGCAGCUUUGUGGGGUGAGCAGCAGCUGCAUGGAGAAGCUGAAGGCACGGGGCUGCCACGCUGUCCCUGAGCAGCCCAGCUCCCAGCAGGAUGGCAAUCCCCACCGCAGGAUCUGAGUUGUGCAGGUGCUCAGUUCUGCUUUAGCAAUGCGUUUUUGGAGCUGCGGGCGCUCCGUGUGCUGCAAUCCCCUCCGCAUGUGAUGCACGGAGGGUCGCGUGGAGCAUCAGAGCUUUUGCAAAGCUGGAUGUUUUCCUCCCAAAGGCGCCAGCGGCGAAGCCGGAAAUUUUACUGCCCGGCAACAGCAAUAAAAUUUGUGCUUUCGGAGCAGCA